CCAAAAACAUGAAAACAUGUUGUUUUGUUUUUAGAAAAAGAAAAGAAACGACCCUUCCCACUUCCCAAAUCUCACACCAUCUUCUCAUUUCAUAAAUCUGUACUACACUUCACCACCUUAUCCCUCUCCUUUCCCGCACUCUCUCUCCUCCUUCCAAUCCCCUUUUAACACAUCAUCACCCCUACCCCUUUAAUUCAUAAACUAAAAAAACACCCCAACUUUCCCACACCCAAAAAAAAAAAAAAAAAAAAAAAAAAUGGAGGGGAACCAACAACAACCACAAAGUCAACAACAACCACAACCAGCAGCAGCACCACCACCAACACCGUCAAUCACCGGUUACCCAGCAGCCCCAGCAGCCUCAAGUGGACCCUACCACCAUCUCCUUCAACAACAACAACAACAACUUCACAUGUUCUGGACCUACCAACGACAAGACAUCGAACAAGCCAACGAUUUCAAGAACCACCAACUUCCUUUAGCCCGCAUUAAGAAGAUCAUGAAAGCUGACGAAGACGUGCGUAUGAUCUCCGCGGAAGCCCCUAUAUUGUUCGCCAAGGCGUGCGAGCUUUUCAUCCUGGAGCUCACCAUACGGUCGUGGCUCCAUGCCGAGGAGAACAAGAGACGCACGCUGCAGAAGAAUGAUAUUGCCGCGGCUAUUACACGCACCGAUAUAUUCGACUUUUUGGUGGAUAUUGUGCCUAGAGAUGAGAUCAAGGAUGAGUCUGGUGUUGGUGGAAUGGUGGGACCUACUGGGGUUAUUGGGGUGGGACCAGGUGUAGGUGUUGGUGUUGGUGUUGGUGUAGGUGUAGGACCUACUGCGAGUGGAGUGCCAUAUUAUUAUCCACCGAUGGGACAGCCUGCGCCUACUGGGGUUAUGAUUGGAAGACCGGCGAUGGACCCUAAUGUGGGGAUGUAUGGGGCACCUCCGUCUUCGGCUUGGCAGAGUGUGUGGCAAACUGCUCAUCCUGCUGCUGAUGAUGCCUCCUAUGGGAGUGCGCCUAGUGCUGGGGGUAAUGAUGCCCAGAGUUGAACAAUUCAUUCGCCGAUAUGUCCACCAGUGAGGUUGUAGGAUUACGAAGCUUGUUGAUUUUCGCCAGAUUUUUUGCAUGCUUAUGAACUUCUAUAACACACCCCUGGUAUUAUUAAUUUGCAUAUAAUUGCUAAUGUAAUGACUCCAUAACUGUUAGAAACCAUUUGUAUCUUAUUCAGAGCCACCCAAAAUCCUGCAAUGCAAGGAUUAGUGACUCUUUUCAUUGUA